AUGGACCAGAGGACCGGCUACCUCGUCUUUCUCCUCUUCGUUCCUACAAUAUGGGUGCUCUCCCUAUGGAUGAUCAUUUCCAAGCCAGCCAUUAUCUUCCAUAUUUCACAGUCAUUUUUCAACUUCCUCGCCAUGGCUUGCUUCGCUAGCGUAGCUGCUUUUCAGGCGAAAUGGCACGUCGGACCAUCUGGCCUAUCGGGCUUCGCCAUCGUUCUGUCGGUUCUCGGGAUCAUUCUACCCCUCUUCAUGAUGUUCGUUCCCGUCGUGUACGAGAAAUAUGAUCGAUUCGCGCGUCUUGCGCGUGCCCUCAAAGAGCCACGCGUCGGUUUCAUCCUUACAGGUGCCGGGUCCACCUUCAGCUUGCUCAUAGCAUUCAUAACCACGAUAUCAGCUUGGACCGAACCUGGAUGCAAGGACGCCAAUAAUGAUCCCCACGCAAGCCUCGGCGAUGACUUCAAGAAUGCCCUUCCGGGUUGGUGUGAUACGAAGAAAGCAGGAGCUGUCUUUUUCUGGCUUGCAGUCGCGUUCUGGAUUGCCUCCGUUGUUCUCCUUGUCAUAGAUUGGCGCCGAGGUAACCUCCGACCGGCUGCUCGUCCACGUGACCCUCCUUUCACUCAGCCCGACCUCGAGGAGGGCUCAGAGCCAGAGGAAGAGCCUGAGGAGACAGGAGCGUAUCAGCCUGUCACUGCGCCAGCUCCUUCAUCACGAUACGACAACUCGAACACAAUGAGCUCGCCGUUUGCUGAUUCAAAUCGCUACUCCGGUGCUGCAGGCUCUGGUUAUGCAACCCCGCCAUCUGCCCCGCGACAAAGUAUCGAUGCAUAUGGCGCGUUCUCCGAUCCCGCCCCAUCUGGAUUUGGUGGUGUCUCGCAUAACUAUGCACCGGCUGCUGCCGACUCUGCAGAACCCCCGCAAGUCAGUCGGACGAUGCAAUAUGCUGACCCAUAUGCGGCAGUCCGUGCGUCCCUAGGAGCACAACAAGGGCCCCCAAGCUAUUCGGGAUACUAG